AUAAUGGAAAUGGAAAAUAUUGUUAAACAAGCCGCGCCAUACGAAAAAGCUAUAUUAGAAAAAUAUGUGAAAAGAUGUGCGAUACUACACAUAUCCCUUACAUUUGGAUUUUAUUUAGCCGGUACGAAUAUCGUUUUGGGACCAAUAUUUUUAUCACAAUCGUUACCAACUUUUGCGGUUUAUCCUUUCGACACGGAAUCACAUCCCAUUUACGAAAUUAUUUAUUUUCAACAAGCAUUAACUGCUAUACAAGCUUGUACAGCUGCAGCGAUUGAUUGCCUGGCUGCACUUUUACUAUGGUUCGCUGGUGCAAGAUUUGAAAUGUUGAAAGCUGAAUUUGCAAAUAUCGUCGACGAAUAUGAUCUUACACGAUGUAUACAAAAACAUCGUCAUAUACUCAGUUAUGCAGAAAAGAUAGUAAAAACUGUGCGUUUCGUAAUUCUUGCUACUGUUGCUAUUACGACCAUAUUAAUUGUGUUUAGUGGGACGGAUUCAAUGACGAUCAAAUUUCAAUUCUUUGUACUGGAUAUUGUCGCUAUUAUUCAAUUAUUUCUGAACUCUCAUCCAGCUGAAAAUUUAAUACAAAUGAGUACUGCUAUUGGAUCGGCAGCUUAUGAUUUGAAUUGGAUUGAUAAAUCACUAGUAAUAUGGAAAAAUGUAUGCUUUCUAAUUCAAAGAUCUCAAAAACCAAUUACACUCAGUAUUCCUGGAUUUAUACCUGCAUUGUCUCUAACUUAUUAUAUGUCGUAUAGAAAAAUCAUUGAAAAUUAUCCUAUUCUCCCAUCAGAAUGUAAGAGAAGUACAAAGAACAUUGUAUUUUCGUCUAUGCAUAAUGGAAUACAAAAUCAGAAAUGUAUAGUCAUUUAUUGCUAUUCUAUCAUCGCAUUCUCAAAUUACAAAAUUACAUGUAAGAAAGAACUUAUCGGAGAAAAAGUGCUGAAAGAAUCGCUUAUUUUCUUCGUAUCCAAUAAUUUAAAGGAAUUACAGAUACGUAAAAUACAUGUGGCGUCCGGUACGAAUAUCGUUUUGGGACCAAUAUUUUUAUCACAAUCGUUACCAACUUUUGCGGUUUAUCCUUUCGACACGGAAUCACAUCCCAUUUACGAAAUUAUUUAUUUUCAACAAGCAUUUACUUGCAUACAAGCUUGUACAGGUGCAACGAUUGAUUGUCAGGUCGCACUUUUACUAUGGUUCGCUGGAGCAAGAUUUGAAAUGUUGGAAAUUGAAGUAGCCAAUAUUGUCGACGAAUAUGAUCUUAAACGAUGUAUAGUGAAACAUGGUCAAAUACUCAGGUACGCAGGAAAUAUAGUGAAAACUGUGCGUUUUGUGAUUUUUUCCACUGUUUUUAUUACGACCAUAUUAAUAUCAGAUUCAGUAGCGGUCAAAUUUCAAUUUCUCGUAUUGGAUAUUGUCGCUAUUGUUCAAUUAUUUUUGAACUCAUAUCCGGCUGAAAAUUUAAUUGAAAUGAGUACUGCGAUUGGAUCGGCAGUUUACGAUUUGAAUUGGAUUGAUAAAUCAAGAAAAAUAUGGAAAAAUGUUUGCUUUUUAAUUCAAAGAUCUCAAAAACCAAUUACAGUCAGUAUUCCUGGAUUUAUACCUGCAUUGUCCCUAACUUAUUACAUGUCGUUUCUGUCAUCGUCAUUUUCAUACUUCACAACAUUGAGAGCUGCUGUUAAAUAA